AGUUGGAAUAUAUAGUUAAAAGAUGUUGGAAGGGAAAGCCAAAGUGGAAGAGACAGACAUGCCAGUGAAGAUGCAAAUGCAAGCAAUGAGGGUUGCUUCUCAAUCUCUCGAUCUUUUUGAUGUCUUUGACUGUACAUCCAUCGCUGCUCACAUCAAGAAGGAGUUUGAUGAGAGCUAUGGAAGUGGAUGGCAAUGUGUGGUGGGAACCAAUUUUGGGUGCUUCUUCACACAUUCUAAAGGGACUUUCAUCUACUUUCAUUUGGGGACUCUCAACUUCCUCAUCUUCAAAGGCGCCACCACUCUUUAGUCUUUAUAUAGUUUCUAAAUCAGUAAGUCACAUCCAUGUUUAGUAGCUUUGUUUGUGUAGGAACUAGGAAGCUGUUCUUUAUUUCUGUUUUCCUUUUUGUAAAUAGAUCUUGUUUCCAAUAAAAAUUGUCAGAUAUUGUAUUA